CAGCAGGCGCUUCUGGACGCACUGCAGAGGGCGAUGAAGUGGCUGGAUGAGUGCGCAAAGUAGCAGUGGAAGUUCGGAGGGGGCGCCAUCUUAGCACCAGCGCGCGCCGUAUUCUCACGCUCCGCGCGCCGCUCGCACCAACCGAAGACGGUGCUAUGGAGGAGCUGCACAGUCUGGACCCGCGCCGGCAGGAAUUGCUGGAGGCCAGAUUUCUGGGCGGAGUCAGUGGAAACACAGCGGGCAGCACUGGCAGCGCUAGCGGAGGAACCAAAACCUUGACAAACAACGAAUGUUCCAAUCACAGUUUUGGUAGCUUGGGCUCCUCCAGUGAUAAAGAGUCAGAGGGCUCAGAUGGGAAAAGAGGAAGUUCUCCUGCAUUUUCAACUCCUGAAAAGAAGCACUCUGAAUCAUCACGGGGCAGGAAGAGGAAAGCUGACAUCCAGUCAGAGAGCAGUCAGGGGAAGUCUGUCAUUCGGGGACCCAAAAUUAGUGAUUAUUUUGAUUUUCAGGCUGGUAAUGGGUCCAGUCCAGUAAGAGGUCUUCCACCAGUCAUCCGCUCACCCCAGAACUCACAUUCCCACUCUGCACCGGGAUCCAGCACCCGGCAGAGCAGCUCGUCCCCCACUAGUCUGUGUUUUGUGGACUCUAUGAUUUCUACGAGAACGAUGGCGGUCAAGAGUGUUCAGACUGACCUGACUGUGGUAAAGCUGGCCACCAUAGAGAGCAAUAAGAACCUGGACCUGGAGAAGAAGGAGGGCAGGAUAGAUGAUCUUCUGCGGGCAAACUGUGAUCUUAGGAGACAAAUUGAUGAGCAGCAAAAGCUUCUAGAAAAGUACAAGGAACGUUUAAACAAGUGCAUCACCAUGAGCAAAAAACUUCUGAUUGAGAAGAGCACACAGGAGAAGCAGGCGUGUCGGGAGAAGAGCAUGCAGGAUCGACUGCGUUUGGGUCAUUUCACCUCUGUGAGACACGGAGCCUCGUUUACAGAGCAGUGGACAGACGGCUACGCCUUCCAGAACCUCGUCAAACAGCAGGAAUGGAUCAUUCAACAACGUGAAGAAAUCGAGAGACAGAGGAAACUGUUAGCUAAGAGAAAGCCACCAUCAGCCAGCAGCUCACAGUCGCCCAGCACCAUCUCUGAGCCCAAACCACGCAAGACCAAGGCUGUGAACGGCGCAGAGAACGACCCUUUCCUCAAACCCAGCCUCCCUCAGCUGCUAACUUUAGCUGAGUACCAUGAGCAGGAGGAGAUCUUCAAACUGAGACUCGGCAAUCUCAAAAAGGAGGAGGCAGAGAUUCAGGCAGAGCUGGAGAGGUUGGAGAGGGUGCGAAAUCUUCACAUCCGAGAGCUGAAACGAAUAAACAAUGAAGACAGUUCACAAUUCAAGGACCAUCCCACCCUGAAUGAGCGCUACCUGCUGUUACAUCUGCUGGGCAGGGGGGGCUUCAGUGAGGUCUACAAGGCGUUUGACUUAAUUGAGCAGCGCUACACUGCUGUGAAGAUUCAUCAGCUCAACAAAAACUGGAGAGAGGAGAAGAAAGAAAAUUACCACAAACACGCCUGUCGGGAAUACCGAAUACAUAAACAGCUGGAUCAUCCCAGAAUAGUGAAACUGUACGACUACUUCUCCCUGGACACAGACACGUUUUGCACGGUUUUGGAGUACUGUGAAGGAAAUGAUCUGGAUUUCUAUUUGAAACAGCACAAGCUGAUGUCUGAGAAAGAAGCUCGCUCUAUCGUCAUGCAGAUUGUUAAUGCUCUACGAUACCUGAACGAGAUCAAGCCACCCAUAAUACACUAUGACCUCAAACCCGGGAAUAUUUUACUGGUAGAUGGAAAUGCAUGCGGAGAGAUAAAGAUCACAGAUUUCGGACUGUCUAAAAUCAUGGACGAUGACAGCUAUGGAGUAGAUGGGAUGGACCUGACCUCUCAAGGGGCUGGCACUUACUGGUACUUACCCCCGGAGUGUUUUGUGGUGGGUAAAGAGCCUCCAAAGAUCUCCAAUAAGGUGGACGUAUGGUCUGUGGGUGUCAUAUUUUUCCAGUGCCUCUAUGGUAGAAAGCCAUUUGGCCAUAACCAGUCCCAGCAGGACAUCCUGCAGGAGAACACCAUCCUGAAAGCCACAGAGGUUCAGUUCCCUUCCAAACCCGUCGCCAGCAAUGAGGCCAAGGCGUUCAUCCGCCGGUGUCUGGCCUACAGGAAGGAGGACCGGUUCGAUGUGCAUCAGCUGGGCAGAGACUCGUACCUGCUGCCUCACAUCAGACGGCCCAGUUCCUCAGGAGCCCUGGCUCCGAACUCCAGCUCCUACUGACCACAGACACACAGCUCGGCUGGAGGAGAACAAGCUCCAGGAAGUUUGAUGAA